AUCUGUACAGCAUAAUUGGUACCCCGACGCCCUGGCUCAUCUUAAUCACUUCACUCUUGUGCGCUUCCGGCAAAAGAGGGAUCUGAGUUCUUCUUCUUCCUCUGCUCUGUAAAAAUGAAAGAAACAAUAGUUUUGUAUCCAGCUCCAAGUUUUGCUCACUUGGUCUCCAUGGUUGAACUGGGAAAGCUUAUCUUGCAACACCAACCCCAUUUAUCCAUACUCAUCUUGGUCCCAUCCAUGCCUUCUGAUCACUCUACUUCUGCUUCUUCAUCAUACAUCAGUGAUCUCUCCCUAACUGGGAUUCCCAUGUCUUUCAUUUAUCUCCCUUCCCUCCAAGUUUCAGUCUUUGAUUCUGUCGCCAUGAAUGCUCUUAAUGUUCUUGAUGCCCUCAAAACUUUAUCUUCUUCCUUCACUAUUUUGGCUCUUGUGACCUCAGCUCCUCAUGAAAACUUGAAGACCCACAUCCCCACUUUCUGCUACUUCACCUCAUGUGCUUCUGCUCUGGCUUUCUUCCUCUACUUACCUACCUUGCAUAACCAAACCAAUAAAAGCUUCAAAGAUCUCACAGAGACUCCUUUGAAUUUUUCUGGUUUGCCUAAUUUUCUCAGCGCUUCUUCCGCCCCUGAACCUGUGCUGAGUCGAGAGGGCCCCUCCUACCACUUCUUUCUUAGUUUUGCUUCUUCUCUUCUGAAAUCUAAGGGAAUCAUAGUGAACACCUUCAAUUUUCUUGAACCCCGAGCUGUUGAACCUAUGAAAAAUGGUGUUUGUGCCCCAAAUGAUCAAACCCCACCAAUUUUCUGCAUUGGUCCAUUGAUUACAAGUGCGAGAGAUCAUGCUAUUUCCAGUUCCUCUUCUGAAGACGAAACAUCUAAUUGCAUAGCAUGGUUAGAUAAGCAGGCAAAUAGAAGUGUUGUGUUCUUGUGCUUUGGAAGCAAGGGAGUGUUCUCCGAAGCUCAGAUAAAAGAAAUAGCUAUUGGUUUAGAAAAGAGCAACCAUAGAUUCUUGUGGGUAGUGAAGAGUCCUCUGGGUCUGGACACAGAACCCAAAUUGGAAGAACUGUUACCAGAUGGUUUCUUAAAGAGAACCAAAGAGAAGGGUCUAGUUGUGAAAUCAUGGGCCCCACAGAAUGCCAUUCUGAGGCAUGAAUCAGUAGGUGGGUUUGUGACUCACUGCGGUUGGAACUCAGUGUUGGAAGCAGUGAGCUAUGGAGUGCCAAUGGUGGCUUGGCCAUUGUACGCAGAGCAGAACUUGAACAGUGUGAUUAUGGUGAAGGAGAUGAAAGUGGCCAUACCUAUCAUAAGUGAAGAAGCAGCAAGGGAUGGAAGCAAACUAGGGUUGGUCGUUGCAGAGGAAGUGGAAAGAAGAGUGAAGGAAUUGAUGGAAUUUGAAGAAGGGAAGAUUCUGAGACAGAGGAGUUUGGAGAUGAAAGCCAGGGCCAUUGCUGCUUGGUCUUCAGGUGGCUCAUCUUCAACCGCAUUUCAUGACUUGGUAAGCUCUUGGAAGCAUGGUUGACCAAGAGGUUUGGUUUCCGCUUUUGAAAACUAAACAUCUUUGCAUGUAGAUUUUAGAAGUCAGAGUUAUUUGGGUAAUU